UUGGAUAUUUGUUCAAAAUUAUGGUUUGAUGUGUUUGCAUAUUUCUAAUUUUAUAUUAUAGGAAUGGAUCAAAGAAUGAUCGCAUCUAAGGAACACAUUGAACAAAUGGAAAGGGAUGACACUGAUGCAGAAAUCAUGAUGUGUAUGAUGUUGUUGAUGAAAGCACGUGAUUCAUUAUACACUAGAGAGCCCAUACGAGAUAGUAAAUUGACAGGACCAGAGCGAGUGAGUGAGGUUCUAAACGGACAUGUAGACAAAUGCUAUGAACAGUAUAAAAUGGAACGCCAUGUCUUCCUCAACCUUGAAGCAUUAAUGCGACAACGUGGUUGGUUGGAAGAUAGUCAAUAUUUAAGAGUGGAUGAGCAGUUGGCAAUGUUUAUAUCUAUCGUUGGUCACAAUGAUAGGUAUAGAGACAUAGCAGAACACUUUCAGUGUUCUCUUAACACUAUAGGUGAACACUUUAAGAAAGUGUUACGUGCUUUCAUACUACUGGGACAAGAGAAUAUCAAACCUCCAAACUUCAGUCGUUGCCCUAAACAGAUUCUUGAAAAACCAAAGCUCUAUCCUUUCUUCAAGGACUGCAUUGGCGAGAUUGAUGGCACUCAUGUUAGUGCUCCUGUACCUCUACCCAAACAAAUACCGUACAGAGGAAGGAAAGGAGAUACGACCUGGAAUGUUAUGUGUGCAUGUGACCUUGACAUGAAAUUCAAUUUUGUGUAUGCUGGUUGGGAGGGUUCUGCAAAUGAUUGUCGAGUAUUCAAUGAGGCAUUGAAUAACCCUAAAUUUGAAUUUCCUCAUCCUCCACCUGGUAAAUAUUAUGUGGUUGAUUCUGGUUAUCCAUCUACUACUGAGUUCUUGACGCCGUUCAAAGGACAAAGAUACCAUCUAAAUGAUUAUAGGAAUAGACGUCCAAGGACAGCAGCAGAGCUAUUUAAUAAUAGACACUCUUCUGUUAGGAAUGUCAUAGAGCGCAGUUUUGGUUCUUUGAAGAAGCGCUUCCCAAUUCUCAGCAAAAUGCCAUGUUUUCCACUGAACACCCAAACAUGCAUCGUCAUUGCUUGUUGUGCACUUCACAACUUCAUUCGGGAGGAAGAAAUUGCAGAUAAGAAUUUUGAGGAGUUUGGUGAAAAUUGGUGGAAUCGGGAGCCUGAAGAAAUUCAAGAUUAUGUACCACCGGCUCACAUUAGUAUAAGCUUAGCAGAAAGAAGAAGACAGAUGGAUGAUCUUAGGGAAAAGAUUGCAAAUGAGUUAGCUGUUAAAGCCGGAAUGGCUCAAAUUACAUUAUUACAUUUUGAUUAUUGGAUUUAAACUUUGAA